GUGAAAUGAUCAGAGAGGCAGACGAGGAAAGUCCCAGCACAGACCAGCGCCGGGAAAGGUCCAGGGACGCAGCCAGAUGUCGUCGGGGCAAAGAGACCCAGAUGUUCCUCGAACUGGCCCGUCAACUGCCCCUCCCCCGCAGGCUCAGCUCCCAACUGGACAAGGCCACCAUAAUGCGACUGACCCUCAGCUUCCUACGUCUAAGGACCCUCAUCUCCUCGGGAGACUCGGGGGGUUCUGCCCAGGACACAGAUGGACAGCAGUUGACCGCCUUAGAUGGCUUCUUCAUGGUGUUGUCCCAGAGUGGAGACAUCGUGUUCCUGUGUGAGAACGUCAGCAAGUAUCUGGGUCUGACACAGUUGGAGCUAAUCGGACAAAGCAUUUUCGACUGCACUCACCCCUGCGACCACGAGGAGAUGCGCAGUAUCCUUCGGAACAGACACGUUCCUGAGACGUGCGGACGUCGUCGCUGUGUGCAAUGCGAUUUCCUCGUACGGGUCAAGUGUACGCUGACCGACGAGGGAAAGACGGUGAACGUGAGGUCAGCUUCCUGGAAGGUCUUGCGCUGUUCCGGUGUCGUGAGGACCCCUCAGACCGAGACCACAGACGAGGGGACCCCGUCCCAGGUCUGUCUGCUUCUGAUCUGUGAACCCGUCCCUCUCCCUCCCGUCGCAGAGCCACUGACGAACACCUGGAGCUUCCUCACGUGCCACAGCUUGGACAUGAGAUUCACCCGUCUGGACCAGAGAGCCGAGGAGCUGACGGGCUAUGAGGAGGGAGAGUUGGUGGGACGCUCGGUGUAUGAGUUGCUCCACGGCCUGGACUGCAACCACAUCCAACACCGUCACCACAGCCUUUUCUCGCAGGGCCAGACCUCGACAGGACGGUACCGGCUGCUGCUCAAACACGGGGGGUUUAUCUGGAUAGAGACUGACGCCGCCAUCAUCUACAGCCAUCAGAGCUCACACCCACAGUACGUCAUGUGUGUCAACUACGUCCUGAGGUAACCCUGACCCCCAAAUUAAUAAUAGUAAUAAUAAUAAUAAUAAUAAUAAUACUUGCGU